AUAUAUACCUCAAUCCUAUCUAUUAUUCAUUCCUCUUCUCUAAAAUCCACCAUUAAUCCCAACCUCCAAAGCUCUCUUCACCUUCCAUUGUUCUUUCACCAACACAAUUUCUUCAACCAAGAUCAUAUAAACCCAAAAUGGAGAGGAUCAAGAUUCAAUUUUGAUCAGUCUCUGUUCUCACUCUUACCAUGAAAGUUUCUUGAACCCAGUCUCUAUCUUCACAUAUAGAUAGAUAUUUGAGCUUUGAGCUUUGAGCUUUGAGCUUUGUGCUUUGCUUGUGGUGUCAGCAAUGGUUUCUCUGCAAGAUUCUCACUCCAAUUCAAGUUGCUUUCCCACAACGCGACCCUUCUACAGUCCAUCUUCUCUCUCCUCCACCAGGAUUCAGAGGUCUCUGGGCCGGUCCAUGCGAACCAUCCGGUCCAACUUCUAUAAAACCGACCAUAGCUACUCCUUCCCCGGCUCGACCGUCGAUAAGUCGGUCUCCGAGAACCUCACCGACUCCGUCAUCGACAUGCGACUCGGCGAACUCGCCGCUCGGCCUAGUAACUCGGCGAAGUCCUCUUCCUCGUCUUCUGACGAAUUCCUCGAUCUCUCUCAAGCCUUCAGCGAGUACUCGGCUUGUAGCAGUGAUAUCUCCGGCGAGUUACAGCGACUCGCCACGAUUCCGAUUUCGGAAAUCAAACCGGAUCCGAACCCGGAACCCGAGAUAGAGCCAUGUACCGGUUUUCUUGAACGCGAAACGUUCUCUACCGAGAUUAUCGAGAGUAUAUCGCCGGAGGAUCUCCAACCGACGGUCAAGAUCUGCAUCGACGGUCUCCAAUCGCCGUCGAUCGCCGUGAAACGGUCCGCCGCCGCGAAACUCAGACUCCUCGCGAAAAACCGGUCCGACAACCGCGCUCUGAUCGGGGAAUCCGGGGCGGUUCCGGCUUUAAUCCCUCUGCUAAAAUGCACCGAUCCGUGGACUCAAGAACACGCGGUGACAGCUUUAUUGAAUCUCUCUCUCCACGAAGAGAACAAGCCUCUGAUCACCAAUGCCGGAGCAAUUAAAUCCCUAAUUUACGUACUGAAAACGGGGACCGAGGUUUCGAAGCAGAACGCUGCUUGCGCUCUGCUCAAUUUGUCUUUGAUCGAUGAUAACAAGAUGUCGAUCGGAGCGUGCGGAGCGAUUCCACCCCUGGUUUCGCUGCUGAUAAACGGGUCGAAUCGGGGGAAGAAGGACGCAUUGACAACGCUUUAUAAGUUGUGUAAUGUGAAGGUGAAUAAGGAGAGGGCGGUGAAGGCGGGAGCGGUGAGGCCGCUGGUGGGGCUGGUGGCGGAGCAAGGAAUUGGGAUGGCGGAGAAGGCCACGGUGGUGUUGAGUAGCUUGGCGGUGAUUGAGGAAGGGAGGGAGGGGAUUGUGGAGGAAGGUGGGAUUCCUGCUCUUGUUGAGGCGAUUGAAGAUGGGUCCACCAAGGGGAAGGAGUUUGCUGUGUUGACAUUGUUGCAGUUGUGUGGGGAUAGUGUGAGGAAUAGGGGUUUGCUUGUUAGGGAAGGUGGAAUUCCCCCCUUGGCCGCUCUUUCGCAGACCGGGACUGCUAAAGCCAAGCACAAGGCAGAGACUUUGCUUAGGUACUUGAGGGAACCGAGACAAGAAGCUUCUACGUCGAGUCCUUGAAGAGAGGUAAUCUCAUAUGAGAUGGUUAGGCUCUAAUAUUUAAGUAUACUAGGAAGUGUUUUGGUUGUUGUUUGUAUAUAGGAUAUAUUUUUGAUGGUUUGUACAGAAGGGUUGAGAAAUUUGGAAGUUUGUGUUAAAAGAAUUAAUAAUUUAGUGGAAAGCUAGUGAAAGUUUGUGUUUAAAGAAGUGAUAAAUUAGUGGAUGGAAGCUAGGGAGGAGAAGAAGCUGACCUUUUUGAUUAGUUGUUUGGUUGUUGACUAGCCUAGGGUUUCUUGGGGGUUUUCGUUUUUCUCUUGCUUGACUAUUAUUUUUUUUGUUGGAAGGAGAGAGAGAGAGAAAAAAAAGAGUGGGUUUGGGGUUGUUGAUGAGAUGAUUUGGGUUAGGUUUUGUUUGGAUGGACCCAAAUUCUUCUUGUAAAAAAGAUUUCUAAUGGUUUGCCAAUAAUACUUGUUUGUGGCUGAUA